GGAUGCUGUAUAGCGCUGAAUCUCGUACCGUGUGCUGUGUUGUGUAAGUCCUGCUUGCGUUUUUCGGCCGUUCUCCGGGUUGUGGCAAAUUUGGAAGCCCAGUUCUUUUCAGUCAGAGCGCUGACGUCACGUAGGAUAUAUCCGCAGUCGAAGACUCCGUCUGGGUGUCCUAUUGUGUGAGGUGUGCUGUAGGCUAGCUGGCUCCUGCUGCUGCUACCAAGUGAAACCUGGUGCAGUGUAGUGUUUUUUUCUGUGAGUGAUUCUGCCUUCUAUACGUAAUUCUUGUGGAAUUUGCAGCUUCCGGGAAGCCUGCACGACUGCUGCGGAAAAGUAACAAUUUUUGUCAGGCAGUGAACGUGCAAAUAUUUCUGCCAGUAUCGCAGUUUUAGCGCAAACUAAUAGCCGCGCUAUUUUGGAAAGUGAUGAAAUACUGAAUAUCGAUUGCUUCCUCGCGAAGCAGGAGUGGAUCGAAAGUGCAAGCGGAUUGCGAACGAUUCGCUUUCCCCGAGUAUUGACAUCUGCCGCAGAAAGUGCUGAUUUGACUGUAAAGUGAUGCGGAGAAGAAAAAUUCGGUGCUGAUUGGAGCAGGUGCGGUACAGCCGAUAAGUGCAGCUGUAUUUGUCAAACCUCCCAAAAACGGAUAGGAUAAUUCGAAAGCUUACAACGUGUAUAGUACUGGCUACUGGAGAAGAGUGAGCAAACAUCCUAACGCACAGCUGUUCUAGUUGAUGUAAUAGUAUUUAGUAAAAAAAAAUUAUAGUAACUGUUACCGCCGUUAAAUACAUGUUAGUAUAAUAGCGUUACAAUUGCUAAAAUCUUUAAUAUCUGCCAACUGUGACUCGUUGUAAGUGUUAACCGUUUCAAGUGCUUCGACAAAAAGCGAACGAUCUCAACCACGACGAAAGCAUCCGUAAGAAUGGCCGAGGACUGCGAGAAGGCACCUGCCGCUAACAAGGCGGCUGGUGGCGGGGAGAAAACUGGCAGCAAGCAGGCAAGCCCGGCUCCACAGCAAAAACUGGCCGGAGGAACUGCCACCGCUACAGGAACUUCACCCGGCAAGGCAGCAGCUACUGGUUCAGGCGAACCCACCGAUGACCAGCCUUUCGUGUCGAAGAAAGAAAAUCUGGACACCAACCUGUACCUAUACUCGGAUGAAAUCCAAGAACGUCCACAAAUCACAACACUCAUCUCGUCCCUGGCAAACUACUCGAAUACGAUCCCCGCACCGACGGAUCCAGAUGCGAAACCAGCACCUGCCUCUGCCCGCAUGGGCACACUCAUCGGUGUCUUUCUGCCGUGUAUACAGAAUAUUUUUGGUGUAAUUUUAUUCAUUCGUUUAACAUGGGUCGUCGGAACGGCCGGAGCUAUUUAUGGGUUUUUAAUUGUGUUAUGUUGUUGUUGCGUGACUAUGUUGACUGCCAUUUCGAUGUCUGCGAUUGCCACGAACGGGGUGGUACCUGCGGGCGGGAGCUAUUUCAUGAUAUCAAGAUCGCUCGGACCUGAAUUCGGCGGUGCGGUUGGGAUGCUGUUCUACACCGGAACAACGCUCGCUGCUGCAAUGUACAUCGUCGGUGCGGUUGAAAUCGUGCUGACAUACAUGGCACCCUGGCUGUCGAUAUUCGGCGAUUUCACCAAGGACGCUUCAGCGAUGUACAAUAACUUCAGAGUGUAUGGAACCGGUCUACUCUGCGUUAUGGGUUUGAUCGUAUACUUGGGCGUAAAAUUCGUGAACAAAUUCGCAACUGUCGCGCUGGCUUGUGUCAUAUUCUCCAUCAUUGCGGUGUACGCCGGUAUCAUCAACAACAUCGACGGCAAUGAUAAACUAUUCAUGUGCGUACUCGGAAAGCGUCUAUUGAAGGAUAUUGCCGUUGACAAUUGCACCAAGGAGGCAGGAGGGCCACUCUACAAUGUAUUCUGCGAGAAUGGCGAAUGUGACCCAUAUUUCGUUCAGCAAAACGUUUCACUCGUCCGAGGCAUCAAGGGGCUGAGAAGUGGGGUAUUUUUCGACAAUUUGUUCCCGUCCUUUUUACAAGAAGGGCAGUUCAUCGCUUACGGUAUGGAUCCGGAACACAUCGAACCACUGGAUAGACCAUCGUACAACCAAGUUUAUGCCGAUAUUACCACCGCAUUUACGAUAUUGAUCGGUAUCUUCUUCCCUUCGGUAACAGGUAUCAUGGCGGGCUCGAACCGAUCCGGUGAUUUGGCGGACGCACAAAAGAGUAUCCCGAUCGGUACCAUCGGUGCCAUCCUGACUACAUCGACCGUAUAUCUGUCCUGUGUGAUCCUGUUCGCCGGAACGGUUGACAAUUUGCUGCUGCGUGACAAAUUCGGACAGUCGAUAGGAGGCAAACUGGUCGUGGCGAACAUGGCCUGGCCGAACCAGUGGGUCAUCCUGAUUGGAUCCUUUCUUUCGACGUUGGGUGCUGGACUGCAAAGUUUAACCGGGGCUCCGAGGCUGCUGCAGGCCAUCGCUAAGGACGGCAUCAUUCCAUUUCUCGAACCGUUUGCUGUGUCGUCGAAGCGUGGUGAACCGACGCGUGCCCUUAUUCUAACACUGCUAAUCUGCCAGAGUGGCAUCCUGCUAGGAAAUGUCGAUCUGCUCGCCCCGCUGCUGUCCAUGUUUUUCCUGAUGUGCUACGGUUUUGUCAAUCUAGCUUGUGCCGUCCAGACACUGCUACGAACCCCGAACUGGCGGCCACGCUUCAAGUUCUACCACUGGUCUCUGUCACUCAUUGGGCUAACGCUGUGCUUGUCGAUUAUGUUCAUGACAUCUUGGUAUUUUGCACUGAUUGCGAUGGGUCUGGCGGUUCUCGUCUACAAGUACAUCGAGUAUCGAGGAGCUGAGAAGGAAUGGGGUGACGGAAUUCGUGGUAUUGCCCUGUCGGCUGCCCGUUACUCGCUGCUCCGCCUAGAGGAGGGACCACCGCACACCAAGAACUGGCGACCGCAAAUACUGAUGCUGGCCAAGCUGAACGACGACUUUACGCCCAAGUAUCGCAAACUAUUCUCGCUAACCUCACAGCUGAAGGCCGGCAAGGGUUUGGUUGUGGUUGUUUCCCUCGUGCCGGGUGAUUUCACCAGACGGGCUGGCGAAGCGGCCGCUGCCAAGCAGAGCCUCCGCAAGACCAUGGAAGAGGAAAGGCUGAAAGGAUUCUGCGAUGUGAUGGUUGCAUCCAACGUGGCCGAAGGAUUGUCUCAUGCCGUUCAGACAAUUGGUCUUGGUGGUAUGAAACCGAACACUGUGAUCCUGGGCUGGCCAUAUGGCUGGCGUCAAAGUGAAGAUGAUCGGACCUGGCACGUAUUCUUGCAGACAGUUCGCAAUGUCAGUGCUGCCCGAAUGGCACUACUGGUACCGAAAGGAAUCAAUUUCUUCCCAACGUCGCAGGAUAAGAUUGCCGGAAACAUUGACAUCUGGUGGAUUGUACACGAUGGCGGUCUGCUGAUGCUGUUGCCAUUCUUGCUGAAGCAACAUCGCUCCUGGAAAAAUUGUAAGAUGCGAAUCUUCACCGUCGCCCAAAUGGAGGACAACUCGAUCCAGAUCAAAAAGGACCUGAAGAUGUUCCUGUACCAUCUGCGAAUCGAGGCCGAAGUGGAAGUCGUUGAAAUGAUGGAUAGCGAUAUCUCGGCGUACACCUACGAGCGCACCCUAAUGAUGGAGCAGCGCAACCAGAUGCUCCGGAAGUUGCGGCUCAACAAGCGCGAGAAGGAGAAUGUCGUGGAUAACAUGGUGGAGUUCAGCCAACCCACCGCCAACGGAGAGGACCGAACACCCCUGGUACAAGCAAUUGUUGAUCAUCAUCAUCACAUCGAAAGCAACGCCAAGACGGCAUCUAAAGUUCGGUUCGCUGAUCCGGACGAGAACAAGGACAUCUUCAACGACGAAGAGCGCGAGGAAAAAAAUGAGACUGAAACCGAAAAGGAUAAGGACACCAGAGAGAGUGAGAACGAUAACGAGUCGGCCAAUGAGAACUCUUCCGAGCAGAAGGAGACGACACCAAAGCUUGGCAACAACGUGGCCUCUCCCGGCAAAGAUGGCAAGAAAAAUGCUGGGGAAGAAACACCCAAAUCACCUAGUAAAGCUAAUUAUAAGCCUGAUGAAGGCAACGUGAGACGAAUGCACACGGCUGUAAAGCUCAACGAGGUUAUAGUCAACAAAUCGCACGACGCUCAGCUGGUCAUACUGAACCUGCCCGGCCCACCAAAGGAGACCCGCAUGGAGCGGGAAAGCAAUUACAUGGAAUUCCUGGAGGUCCUAACCGAAGGCCUGGAACGAGUGCUGAUGGUUCGGGGUGGUGGCCGGGAAGUGAUUACCAUUUACUCAUAAGAGCCUCCCCAUUGCCAUCCCAGCCUGCUCCCGAGCCGCCGUGACGCGAAAUGGAGGGCUAACCCGUCGUGUGCCGAGACUGGCGACAGCAGUCCGGCAGUAUGGUAUCAAUUACGCUUCUACAUCGUCGUCGUUACACUACAACAUACACAUACGAACACACAUAAAAACCACACAACAGACACAGUCUUUCGCGAAUGCAAACACUUUACCGCGUAGUCUCAUACACAAGCAGUAUGGAAACAUUUUUCUACACUCGAAAAUGCAUGAAAAAAAGUAACAACAAGAACAACAAAAAACCAGUUUGGAAAACCAAAAAACAAAAAGCUAGUAAUUUUAGUCAAACUGUAAAGUCUACUAGCAUUAGGUUACAAUAUCGAAAAAGGUACACUUUAAUAUUAUAGAAUUAAAAAAAAACGGAUAAGAUCUAUAGAGAAAAUAAAACUUUCCCAAGUGUACGUACGUAUCGCGAAUUACCGUUUUGAAAGCUGUGGAACAGUCAACAUACCAAAAUAGUAGAAACUAGGAAAUGCAAAAUUCAUCCAUAUUGUUGGUGCGAAUCAAAUUGAUAUAGAUACUUCUAAGAAUGAACAAAAUGCAAAUAAAAAAAUAAUAAUAACUCUUUAAUCGCGAGUGAAGAAGAAAACAGAAAGGAAAUAAUUAUGUGUUCUUCUUUUAUAAAAUUGUUUAGUCCAAUUGUUAGAAGAAUUAAACAGAAUUGUACCUUCAACUGGGCGUCACUUAUACUUACACUUUCACACCGGAAAUUUUGUAACCACAAACAAACUGUGUUUGGAACACACAUACACACAUACGAACGAAAAAAAUAUGCCGUGAUUCAUAACCAUCAGACUUUACGGACAGAUUGAAAACAAUAACAAAAACCAAGUAGAACAAUCAGCAAAUUAUUCGGUUCUGAAGCACGAGAAUCAAAGUGACAGCCAAACUGACGAAAUACGGGGAAUUAAUAACAGAGCUUAUUUUUUCAUUUGUUAUUAAGUAAUAGCACUAGCUUUGCUUCUCAACCGAAUCGUUGAAAUCAUUAAUGUGUAUUUGUAGUUGUUAGAAAUUACCCAUCGGAAACUCUCCGUAAAUGAACCAAAAUGCAAAAAGUAUUAGUUCGCAAAAAAAUAUUAGAAAUAAUUGUUUUAAUGACAGACAGACCAAUCGGACUGUGUUUCCGGUUGGCUGUCCUGCAAACAGAUAACGGUUAACUUCGGACAGGUAACAACUGCCCGAUGCGUCAUUAGGAUAUGUGAUUUGUUUUCGUUUUAUAUUCUGUUAAAGUUUAUAGUCUUCGCAUAGUUUAAGCGACGAAAUGAAGAUCCCGUUGUAGUUGUUUAGAAUUUUGUUUUUCGCCUUUCAGUUUACUUCCCUAGAGCAGAAAGAACAUCCCGGUUUUGUUUCCUAAUCUGACUCUGAACGAAAAAGUAGUCGCUGCAUACAAACUACCAUGCGCUGGCGUCAAUUGUUUCAGUGGUGAAGACGCAUGGUGGUUUGUGGCGUAUGCAGGGAUGAUAUGACGUACAGCACAAUGACUCGACGAACGGACUAGACUGGAAACACAAAAUUUACGCCUUGUUGCAUUUAAGAGUACAAAGUCCAUCACCACCAAUGAAGAGGAAAAAUCACGCAACAAACACAAUACUUAACAGAGUAAACUGAAUAUAAUUAACAAUGGCAAAUAGAGACAAAACUAGGCAGCACAAGCAGCGCUUUACAAUACGAACGGCAUUGGGUUUCGCUGUAAAUGGGCAACCAGCUACACUAUUUUGCUGUUUUAUUUCGUUUUGUUUUCACCUUAGUUAUUGUUUCGCAUGAAUAUUCUUGCCUCAGGGCAAGCCUGAAAAAUACUGCCGCAGGUAAGUUUUCUAUUCUAUAUUGGUUCGUUUUAGCUCAAAAACUUGAAUUGUUUCACCUAACAUGUUAUGUUUAACCCAUUUUUGAUUAAUUUAAUAUUUAUUUUUUAUCUCAAAGAAAUUGAUUGUACUCGAUUAAUUUGUUCCGUAUAAGUUGUUUCUUAUCUAAUGUGGAACAGGUGAACCACUUUAGGCCUACACAUACACAACACAAAGCGUUCCACAAACGAGUGGCAAGAAGUAGAAUAGAAAGUUGAGAGUAUUUUCCGACAAUUAACAUGUUUAAGACUGUAUUUUUUUCCAACCAAUCUGUUUUACUGAUUGUAGAAAGAUUUCCUUCAGAACGACAAGUACUAUAUUGUUAGGAAGAAUUGUUCUAUACAGAAAAUAUUGAAAGGAAAUUUACAACAGCUAACUAUUAACGAUUGAAACAAACACAAUGCGUACCAUAGAACAAAGCGAUCGACGCAGUAUAAAUAGUAAAAGUAAAAUUUUAGAGGUGAUAUAGUGAAAAAAAAAUCAACACACUAUUUUAGACUCGAUGCAAAACACGGAGCAAACACGAUUUAAUAUAAAAAUUUAUCUAAAUGUGCUAGGCGAAUAAAAAAAGAAAACCUAUAUGACAAUUGAUCAUUUACUACAAUUAAUUACAAUCUCUCUUUCGCAAAUAUGUAAACUGCCUAAAUCUAGUGCAAAUUAUGUAUUUGAAAGAAGAAAAGACACACUCAAAAAAUUAACAUAAUUUUAUUACAGGUUAUUUUAAAUGAAUAAAAAGCGCAGAGAAACCAGCAAGUGUUAGGCAACGCAUGAGUGAGGAACAGAUCCGGAAAGGGUGAGAAAUAACCUAAGGUUAGAAUUAGGAAAACUACUUUUUUCAGGAAGCUAAAUGUAUCUGGUAGCAAAAGUAAUUAAUAAUGAAAAAAAAAAACAAAAAAAGUUAUCAUUUCUAGAGGUUAGACGAUGGAAGUUUAGCAGUCUAGACCGUAAGAUAUAAAUUAUCAAAAAUAUAACAAAACAAAACAAACUUUUCAACACCAAAGCAUUGAUCAAAGAAAAACUUAACUUAAGAAGUGGAGACGGGGCCGACCUGAAGGACAAUGUGACAACUGAACAAUCAAAAAGUAGGUAACGGAUCGUAGCCAAAAUGAUGCAGCAACGUUAGGAGCGUUUGAGUUAGCCAAUGCACGCGACGGACAAAUGGUUUUUCUUAGAUUCAAGACACUUGUGGUGUUUUGGAAAAAAUAUAGCUCAUUUACUGUGAAAAUCAAAUUUGACAAAUACGUAUAAAUAAAGUAGUUACCGAGAAAAAAACAUAAUAGGUGCUGGCGGAGAGUCAAAAACCAGAAGAGUUUCCUCUUCGGUUUCGAUAGAGUCGGUUCUACUCCCAUUCGAGUAAAGCUGUAGGUUUACCAUAAAGUUAAGGUAGUCAAACUCCAUAAAGAUUAAGUUUAUACCUAGCUAAUGUAAGGAGGCACUAUCCGUCUGUUGUACCCUUUCUCAGUUUGCCCACAAAUGAAAAGUUGCUCAGAAUUGAAAAUCUCUAUCGUCACAAGUCAGUUUCCAACAACGCCGAAAAUACAUCAUCCUAAAAGUAUUACUUUGUACUCUGUCGAAUCCUAUGGCUUGGAAAGUUUCGAAACUAUACAGCUAUCAGCAAGCCGAUAAAUUUUCAAAACUCUGCGGUUCUUGCUGAAACAAGCAAAGACACUUUGUACAUAAAAUGAAGUAACAAAAUGCAUGUUAAACCCAACCAAGCGUAUAAUUUUAGCCAGUAAGUGCGCGUGGAAGACUUUUCUCUUAGUUAUCAGAUAACCUUGAGCAAAACAGCACGAUCGCAAUAAGCGAACCAGUUUAAUAGUAUCGAUAGUGAAGCUACACACAUACACACCUGCAUCCAGAUGAUACCAUGUUAUCAAUUCUUUAGAGUAGACAACUGAACCACACAAAAAGGCAAAUCAAAUGGUAAAAAGAAAAAAAAAUGAUAAAAUUGAACAAAAAAAUAACAAAUACUUUCAGAAGCAAUAAAAAGAGGAUCCACGAAAAAAUAGUUAAGCUUUGAAAAAGGGGGUUUCUAAGAAACACUAGUCGAUUCGUAGAGGAGCUCCUCUCGAGAUGCACUUAAGUUAAAGUUUCCAUGUUUCGAACAGAAAUAAUAAUAAGUGUAGUUAGAAAGUAUACAGUUCACGCCGGUAUUUCCGCUAUCCAGUGCAUGGCUUGGGGGUUCUGCGCUAGGUUACGAACACAUAGCCAAACGGCGCAACAUCAAGUAGACAAACAAAGUGAUCCAGCGGAACAACAUUGACCUUUUUGGCCGCAUUUUGUGGAAUGAUGUCUAGCUUUUUGGUCCCAGCAGGCUAACCCGCUUCUUGUUGAUUAGUUUUCUUCACACCUUGUUGUUAAGUUUCCAGCAUAUUGCUUCUUAAAAUCAAAUUUAGUUGGGCUUACUAGGAUGGUUAAUGUAUAACAGCCACUUUGCUUUGUUUCUAAUCUGUUUUAAGCAACAACGAUUUUAUUUUUUCACCAGCCCCAAGGUUUGAGUUCAGUUUUAGCCGGUAGACUAUAACGACCUAAACACCAUGUUGCGAAGCGUUGCCGUGCAACAAAAUCACUUUGUCAUGUCUUUACUCAUAGUAUGGCCAAUUGUACAUCUUGCGCUCUUCUCGAAAAUUUCAGCAAACUUCAAGAUAUUCAAGGCAUUUUUUCCACCAAGUUCACACAUUGCUGCACUUUAUUUCAAGUUUUGAUACCAAGCAAAAAUCUGACUGUGAAUAUUCGCAUGAUAUUUCAACCGGUUUAGUCAGAUUACGCAUACUGAAUCUAUAAGCUUUUUUUGCAUUGACAUCUUACAUCCCCCAUCUUCCAAAAUUAAAUAAUCAUUUAUGCAGCAUUAGAAUUGCUUACUAAAACUUUUUUCAUUUCCAAGCUCCGAUAAUAGCUGAUCUUUUCACCAAUUCAAAGCAGUUCCAAUCCAUUCGUCCAUUUUGAAUUACAGAGUAAUAGGCUGUUUUACAUUCCCGCGACAAAACAUUAUUUACCCGAUUCAUUCCGUGUCUUGAAAAGUCCAAAAGUAAAUUAAAAAGGUCAUAAUCACUGCCGAGAUAUUUAAAAUUUAAUAAAAUUAUCACAAGUAGAACCGACACAAAGAUAAAAUCAAUUAAAAUACAAAUCAAAUCAAAUCAGAUGGUCCUACUGUAUUUAACCAUUAGAACCCCCUUGUAACGCAAAUAACCACCACUUAAAGUUCUUAUUGUACGGCAUCUUUGCAGCUGAAUGUUUUUAUUUCACUAUCGCACCCGCUAUAAAUUCGAUCUUUCCACUUCGAUUCGCAUUUAACCUAUAACUACCCCUUGACCCGCUAAUACUCAUACCUUAAAACACCAAAAAAAUCUCUACAACCUAUAACAACUACCCAUUUUUACCAGAACGUUAUCCGUGGAACAAAAAUUGCAGUCAACUCAAACUAAACCAAGUUCUUAAGAUCAUACGUAUAAUCGAUAAUUAACAAACAUAACAACCGUUGCCAAAACUAACAAUUCAAAAAAAAAAUCUGUAUAAAAACAAAAACGUUAGAACAGUAUAUCUACAGAAUUUGAGCAUAUAUAUUAUAUAUAUAGUAUUAGAUGCUAGCCGGAUCAAUCACUAAGUACAGAGGAACCAUUUCCAAGUGAAAACUAACAAUCUAGUUUGGGGACUGGCGAAGCACAAGCUGCGUUCGCUACCCAGGCGAAUCUUUUAUUUUCCUAUAAUAUUACAGUUUGUUAGUCCUGCCGUUUGUCCCAGCCUCUUCAGAAGAGAAAUACCCAGAGAUGACGAGCUGCUCGCGGUAUUUAGAUUUUUAUAAUUGAUGAAGUCCCCGAACUCGACGACUCACUGUAUGUGACAUUCGCUCGAUCUGACUUUAUAGCGAGAAAGGAUGAUAUAAGAUGCACUUACACGAGAGAAAAACAAACCAAAACACUUCAUAAUUGCCUGUAUUCAUCGAACGACAAUGAGUAAAAUAUGAAUUAUUAAUUUUAUAUGUAUAUUGUAUCUGUUGUUGUUGAUAGUAUCAUUUAAAGAUUUAUGGUAGACUUUAUUUUUUUACGUGUAGAGCCAUAGAGCAACAUAUAAAGAGACGUCUAACGCUAUGUUAUACCAAGUGAGUUUUAUUAUGAGCAAAGUUUAUAAUGAAUUAGUAAAAGGGCACCUGCUCACACGACUCGUGAUGAAAAAGUCAACUCCGGUAGUCCCGGGAAAGGUGCGCAAGCAAACCAACAACCGCAAGGUAGAAUAUAGUUUUUCUCGAAAUAAUGAUAUAAUGAAAAAAAAACACAGUACUUAACGCAGUCAGCCUAUUACCAUAUAACAGUUACUGUCGGAAAAGUCAGAACGAAUAAGAAAACAAAAAAACACUUACCACUAAAGUUGUGUCAUGAAUUCAAAUAAUGUUGGUAAAAACAACUAAACAACUUAAAAGAAAAGACAAGAACAGAUAAAAAAAACCGAUCGUUGAUUCAUGGACACAAACAAGAACACAAGUAAUCAACAACUAAAAUGGAUGUUAGGAAGUCUUCAAAUAAUUUCAACCUAAACUCUAGCUGAUUGAAACGAGCAAAUAACCAACAGAAACAAUAUUGAAUUAUUCUCAAGUAAAAUCAAGUGGUUAGAGCAAAGAAAUAGAGAAAAUAAAUCGAUGAAAACCAAAAACAAAAAAAAACUGAGAUACCAGCGUUACCCGGAUAGAUGAAAAAUAAAUUCGCAAAUCCAGACCCGUUAGGCCCGCGAAAGAACGCAAAACCAAACACACGGUUGAGAUCGCUAAAAGAAAGUACAUAGGAAAAUAAAUUGGAAUUAAAAUCGUACAA